CACAUUGAGUGAGGCAAAGUUUAACAAGCCAUCAACAUUGCCCUUUACAGAAGAUGUUCGGAUUCUCCAUCACUACCUUCAAAAAUCUGCAGAAAGUGCCUUUUGCAGCUUGGAGAACGAAGCCACAGCUCAGAAUUAUGCCCAACUUGCACAAGUUACACUCUCACAAAUCAUUGUGUUCAAUCGAAGACGUUCUGGAGAGGUUUCAAAGAUGCGCCUCAAAAGUUUUCUUGAAAGAGACAAAACGGCACUCCACACAGAUGUUUCCAUGGGGCUCUCAGAAAUGGAACAGAGACUCUGUAACUAUUUCUGUAGAAUAGAAAUAAUGGGAAAAAGGGACAGAAAUGUUCCAGUUCUGCUAACACCAAGCAUGCUGGAUGCUCUGUCACUACUGGUUAGUAGGAGGCCUGACUGUGGUAUUUGUGCCACUAAUAUCUACCUCUUUGCAAGACCCCGAUCAAUGAGUCAUUACAGAGGAAUGGACUCCUUGCGUGUUCAUGCACACCAGUGUGGAGCAAAGCACCCUGAGUAUCUAAGAUCGACACAGCUCAGAAAACAUGUUGCCACACUCUCACAAGUCCUUAAUUUGAAAAACAAUGAACUUGAUCAGGUUGCAGAUUUCCUGGGUCAUGAUAUCCGCGUUCACCGCGAAUUCUACAGAUUACCAGUUCCCACAACACAGCUGGCCAAGAUUUCCAAACUGCUUUUAACACUGGAAAAAGGACAUCUUUCCCAGAUCCAGGGGAAAUCACUGGAUGAGAUCGAAAUUGAAGAUGAAAUUGCAUUAAGUGAUGCUGAAACAAAGGACAGUGAGAGUGAAUCAGAUGAUGAUGACACAGCACUCACAAUGUCGGCGUGUGGCACCAGUGAGCCUGUACAUGCAGUAGCUGAUUCCACAAACACAGCGCAGCUCCAAGACACUGUAGAUUGUGCAGAUGAAGAACCACUCAUAAUGCCUGCAGCAAGUGAGACUGCUGCUCCCUCUGAAGAUAAAAAUGCUGCUCAAUCCCACAAUUCCCGAAGAGCUCCCAAAAACAUGUGGUCCAAGGCUGAGGUUGCUGCAGUGAUGAGGCAUUUUAAAGACCACAUAAACGAAGGGAAACUGGCCACCAAAAAUGAAUGCAGUCAUUGCAAAUUGGUAGAAGAUCCGAUGUUGGCAGGAAGAACAGUUCAAAACAUAAGAGAUUUUGUAAGAAACAGAGGAUUAACUGCAAAAAGGCAGAAAAAAAUGAACUAAAAUAACUGUUUAGCCAGAUGUGGUUUUACAUCUUGGUCAGAUGGCCAAACUGUUGUUAAAACUGAGUUAUUGUGCAGCAGGCUGCCUGAUGUUCUGUUUAAAAAAAAGUUCUUGUUAAUUACAGAAGUAGUUUGUAUUUCAUAAUUUUUUUAUUUAAUUUAUUUAGUUUUUUUGACAGGUUCUUAUUUUAAUAUAUUUUUUUUGACAGGUUAUAUUUAAAAUAAAAAAAUAUAAAUGCAUAUUUUCUCCCCUUAAUAUUUACCUUUAAACUUCUAUAUUUUUAUAUUUCUGUGGUUAGCGUGGGCAUUUUUGUCCAUAGGGUUAGG